AUGGCCUACCUAGCGACGCGCCACAGGGCACUCCCCAUGCUUUCACAAGCAACCCGAACACUACCAUUCACACUUCGCUCAUCGAUCGCCUCGACACGCUACCUUAGCGACAAGCCAGGCCUAGAGGCAACCGACACGCGAGACGCCGCAGACGCAAAGAAGACGAAUCCCCCGCAGCCCAAGAUCACGAAUUCGAGCGUGCCCGGUCAGGGUCCCGACAAGCUCACCGAGGAGCAGAAGCGCGAGGUGGAUGAGCACAACCGCGAUUUCGAGAAGAAGCUCGACCGGGCGCAGCCAGCGGCAGACGACAAGGUGGAUAAGAAGUUCUGGGGAAGCGGUACCGAGGACACCAAGUGA